AUGUCAACAUUAUUCUCACACGUCGAUAUUCCCUUGUCGGAUAGACGACUGGCCCCGAUGCCGUUUGAUGCACGGUCUGAUCCAUUCGUAUAUAUCGACCGGCAAGCAAAACACCUUCAACGACACAUCCAACAGCUUUUGGACGCGCAAAGUGAUGGACUGCUGGCUGGUCUCACUGGCCAUCCCGACGACGAGGACGUGCUUUCAAAUGGAAGCUCCACACCUACCAUAUCUGCGAUAGGUAGUUCAGAAAGACCAACACGUACGAUUCCCGUCCGACAACCGCCGAAGAAAAAAAUUGGCCUGCGCGCGGCCCGAAGAGGAAUACUGAGAUCCAUGAGUGACCUCCUCACUCUGAGGGAAGAAGAGAAGAAGGUCAUUCAAAACCGGAUUAAUCAAAGACGGAAUGUCAUCACCGAAGUAGAUGCAUUUUCAAAUAAGAAGAGAGGCCUGGAGAAAACAAUAUCGGAUAUGCAAAAUGAUCGUGAUGAUAAAACAACCCGAGAAGCGAAAAGGGAAGCGAAGGACCUAGAGCGCGAGAUUGAGGAGCUCGAGCUUAAGCUUGCCAGCAUGAAGGCUCGUCAUCGCCACCUUGUACAGGGAAUCGCCGAAGCUGAGAAUUCGGCCGAAGCAAAGCUAUCAUCGUACAAGGAAUCUCUGUCAAUACUCGACUCUGAAGUGCGAAAGUACCUGCGAAACCCGCCUCUCCAACCUCUCAAGGAUGACGCCGACAAACCAUCUUUCUACUCAUUAAAUCCCAAGCGGCGAACACUCGAGAUGGCUCGUGAUCACUGGCAAGCGGAACAAUCUGAGCUGAGAAAAAGGCAGCGCGGCGUCGACCAGGAAAUCGCCGCACUAGAUGAAGGUGGCCCAAUUUGGCAACGCGUGCUUGGUGAAAUAUCGAAUUUUGAGAAGAAGUUAAAGGAAGAGAUGCAGCAGUCUGUUAUGCUUUCCAAAUCACCGCCGAGUGGGGAUCAACCUCCGGUGGAUCAAGAACGCGGCAGGCGAAUACUUGCAGAUAUGGAGGCAACAACUCGCCGUCUCAAGGAGAACCUCGAUAUCGCCGAGGUAAAAGACUGGAAGUUACUUGUUUGCAGUAUCGGUACUGAACUUGAAGCUCUCAGGGAAGCCAAGGUCAUGAUUUCGAGCAUUUUCAAUUUAUCCGAAGAUACCAACGAAGCGGACGGCAAAGAGUCUCCUAGAGAAGACAAUAAAAACGACACGAAUACAAGCACGAUCACGAUCACAAAUGACAAUACGAACACAACAACUCUUAUCGACGAUGCUAGCACAAGCGACGACGAGCACGCAGAUGACCCUCCAGCUGACCUGCUGAGGGAUACAACGCCGAACUUGGCUCCUACAAUCACUAGGUCAGAGGAUGAGGAUGACGAACCAGAUCCUGCUUGGCUACUGUCUGACCCUUAG